GGCAAGACAUUGAGAGCGUUCUUUUGGGAGACAUACACCCCGCAGAACACCAGAUGAAAGUUCCCGUUGGUUCUGGAGUAUCGAGAGUCCUGCACUUGAAUCAACCAACUCCUCCCGCAGAUAUCCAAAAGAGAUUCGUGGCUCCAUCUCUCAAUAGCCACGACACCACGCAGGACACUGCAUCGCCCAGCAGGUACGAGGACAUAGGUGCUUACAUGGACUUUGUUUUGAGUGGUUCCUCCAGCGGAAAUACUCAUUCAACCGUGACUUACCCAGACGAUGUAAACUUUGAUGACCGCUUAAAGCAACAGGAAGGUUGCAACAACAACAGUAGCGGCGGCAAUGGUGCCAUGGAUGUCACAGAGGACAUGAUAUCGCCGCUGCUUCCAGUAGAUCACGGGAAGGAUAGGUUCGCGCAGAUUAACAAUUGUGUUCCCCCACAACAACAAGCAAAUUCUCAAGUUUCUCCUUAUGCCACUACACUGACCCAAAAUAUGUGGGUGACAUAUAACGCCAACGCGAACGCUGUUAUUGCGAGUCAAAUGUCUCCCCCCGCGUCCCCAGAACGGACAGGUCAGCAACUAGCCAUGAAAGCCGCCAGUGGUUUGCUGGUGGAUGGCUUCGUCUCACCUCACUUAAUGAACCAUGCUCAGUCGCAGUUCGGACCCACGGUGGUAUCUCUGUCGUCCUCGCAUCCUGGUCAGCUUCAGCAGCAACAGCAGCCCCCGCCUCAUUUGAGAAUGGUUACACCUCCCUCCUCGCCACACCUAGCAGAAUUACUCAACAAUAACCGUGCCACCACAGCCGUUACAACUAGCUUCACGGCGACUCAUCAGACUGUUUUUGCCAACAUGCCUGAAAUUCCGGAGCAGCAGCAAACUCCCUCCGGAAGUAUUAUCGGCAAACCGAAAAGAGGUAGGAGAAGUUUCGGGAGGAAAAAGAUUACGACGCACACAUGUUCGCAUCCCGGAUGUUCCAAAACCUACACUAAGAGUUCUCACCUGAAGGCCCACUUGAGGACCCAUACUGGAGAGAAGCCCUACCAGUGUAACUGGAAGGGUUGUGGUUGGAAAUUUGCGCGAUCAGAUGAACUCACUCGUCAUUACAGAAAACAUACAGGCGACAGGCCUUUUCAGUGCAGACUCUGUGAGAGAGCGUUUUCCAGGUCGGAUCAUCUUUCCCUACACAUGAAGAGGCAUACAGCAGUCUAAUUUGAAAACAGAUCUGUUACAUUGUUGUACACCACGUUCGCAGAACUUGCCAAUGUUCAACUGAAAUAGUUUAGAUAUUUGGGAAAGCCAAAGCUAAGGAACACAUAACAGUCCUCAAUUUAUAUUUCCAUAAACUGCACUGAUAAAAGCAACAAACAUUAAGUAUUUUUAAUGUACCUUUCAAUUUGAUUUCAAAUGCUUUGUAAGAAGAAGUGUUCUUAAAGAGUUCCCUCCUCAUUAUAUUAAAACCUUUAAAUAUAAGUUUCAUUAAUAGUAAAUCAGAAUAAUAAAACGUUUCAACUAUAAAAAGAUUAAGUUAAAAAUACACUAAUUACUGCCUGAGAGUUCCUCUUAUGUUAAAAAUUAGUGUUUCUAACAUGUUAUUUACAUUAAGGUUAUGAAUAACUCGUUUCAUAUAUAUGUGAAUAAAACAGUUUUCUGAAAGUUAGAAUAUUUUUAACAUCCUGUAAAUUUAAGUUCACUUUCAUAAAAUGUUACUUAUUAUUAACGGAUUGUUUUUCCUUGCAUUUCUGUGAAAACAAAGACAGUUAAUGAAGAUAAAAAUAAACUUAGCGGUUCUAUCCAAGCAUUAUAGGGUUAAACUUUUAAAUUAAUAUGUCGUAUAGGACAAUCUGUUUUAAAUUUUAUGCAACUUUGCAAAACAUGCGUCUCUGGCGGAAGCUGAAUUAAUCAAGUAACUUUGAAAUAAAAUGCUAUUUAAAUUUAAUCAGUAUUAUAAUUCAUAAAUUAAAAAAUCAGCACAUUUCAACAAAAGCAUUCAAGAGCUUACUAACAUUAAAAUUAUAUGUUUGAUGAAAUAUUUAAUAUCUUCAAUUAACAAUCAGACAUUGAUUUACAAAAAAAAAAUCAUGCGUUUGAUCAUGAACAUAUAAAGAUUUACUAAAAUAUUUUAUUAGAAUAUGUAAUACAAUUUAAAAAUUUUAUUAAAAUCAUAAAAUUUUUAAUCUUUGAAAAUCGUGGGUCUAAAAUGUAUUGACAUAACACAUUUCCUUCACAUACCAAAGUGUGAGAUUCGUAAGAAAUAUGAGUAAGAUGAAAAUAUUCUUUGAACAGGCAGAAUAAAUAGUAUAUUCAACAAAUAUCAGUAAUGCUUCACUUUAAAACUGUGAUAAAAUUAGUACCCUCAAUAGGCUAUAUUUGUCAAACACGCUGUUAGCAAGAUGCUAGCUUAUUUUUCAGUAAGAGUUUUUUUUAAUUUCAUUUUGAGCUAGUAUACCGUUAAAGGUACACUAAUAAAAUAUCAGUAUUGCCUUACGUGUAAUAAAAAAUUAUAAAAAUCACAAUACAUAAAAUAUCUGAAUUAAAUUAGUCAAUAAAAUAUUAACAGCAAUACAAAUUUUCUGUCAUGAUUUAUCAGAUUUUUGUAUUUGGGUCUUUCAAAAGAAUCUUUGCAUACGUACCAGUGUAAGAGAUUUCAGUUUCCUUCAUUACUAAUUAACAAAUAAAAAAGUGAAGCCAAUUAUGUAAGCGAAACAAUGUUCAAAAUUUAUUAAUUUUUUGUAAGUUUUAUUUUUAAAUUAAUGUGAAACAAAUCCGUCAUCUAGUCGCGCCUUAUCUGCAUUCCUACAGUGAAUACUAUAUAGAGAUUAAUGAUUUAUAAAGGAACAUUAAUAUAAUGCUUUAAAUGUUAUAUACAUAUAUAUAUAAAUAUAUUACUUAUGAAAUAGAUGUUUUACUUUCAUUAUUAUUUUUUUUUGUACAUUGUUAGAGUUUAAUGUAUUUUUUAAAGAUUUUUAUGACUUAUAUAGCAAUUUAUUUAUCUUUUGUAAAAACUAAUAUAGUGUGUUGAUUUUAACGUUAUUUUGUACAAGUGUCUGCGUAUUUUGUAUUUCAUGUGAAUUAUGGUGCUUUCUUGGACUAUGAGUGCACGAAUAAAUGUGCUUUCUAUUUAAUUCAUUUGGAGAUAAUAAGUGUUGUUUACGACAAAGCUUACUGAGUCUAGUUUUUGGAAACUUUAAGUAACUGUUCUUCAUCCUCCAAAACUUUUAUUAUUUUACUCAUAGUUGUUAUAAGCAAUAUAUGGAAUUUCUUCUAGCUUUCGACAUAUUCAAUUCAGUUCGGAAAAACUUCCUAGUUAUUCAACUAUGAGUUAUUGGUUGAAGAAGAAUGGUGCAGAAAAUGAAUAAACAAUCUAAACUAGAAUAAAUAUGUACGAAAAUAUGAAAACUUUCAAAGAGAUAUUUUUCAGAUAUCUGUAUGAAUUGGAAUUCUGCUGUAAAUGUAGUUAAAGAAACGAAAAAGAACUUCUUCCUUUUAUUGACUGUAUUUGGAAGUUGUCGAAAUAAUAACGACAGUUAUUAACCAAUUGAUUCUUCGCUCAUUCUAGCUCGUCUGCAACUGAAAUUUUGCCAUUUAUCACAAUUUUAAAAAAUGUAAAAGAAGGGUAAAGAAGAAGCAAUUGUUUUAGCAAGAGCCAGCCUCCAGCCUUCUACACUUAAAAAUAUUAACUUAUAAUAGAAUAUUUUAAUAAUAAUUAAAUCUUUCAGAAUAAGUGAAAGAGAUUUCUGAUAAAAGUGCAUACAAAACUAAUUUUAAUAAAUAAAAAUCAGUUUCAAUAUUUUGACAUAAUCAGAUUUUUUUUUCUUUUAAGGAUUCUCAUUUACGUUACAUGGCUAAGUAUAUCUUCUCCCAGUAUUAAAAAUAAUUCAUUAACAUCAAUUAAUAGAGAGAAAUAUGAUGCACUCGUUAUAUUAAUCAGUUUUACUGAUAAGGACUUUCUUUGCACUAUUCUACCUUUUAUCAAUAUUUUUAAAUAUACUUAAGUUAAAUGUUAAACAGUUCGACUUUGAGGAGAGAAGAGACAGCAAGUCCAAUCACUAAUAAAACACGGUGGUUAAAUUACAUUAAAAGAAAACCUACUUGAUACAUUUAAAUGCAUAUAAAAUUAAUCGCAAAAUUUCUUUGUAAAAGCAUAAUUAAAAAUAUGUAAUAACUUAUCAGAAGAUAACACUUUUCCGGAAAUGAAGACAUUACGGUAAUUAAUUUUUUGAGCCUAAUAUUAAGGAUAAAAUGUAUUACGCUUUCAUCAGAGAAGAUCCUAUUAAAGAGCCCGCUAUAUACUCUAAUUAAGUUUAACAAAUAAAUUCUGUAUCUAUAGAAAAAUUAAAAGUGAGACAAAAUUUAGACUUAUAUAAUAUUCUACUAAUUUCAAUUUCUCUUUAAUUUCGACUGAAAUUGAUGACUAAAAAUAAUAACGAUGUAAUCCUAAAAUACUUUUUAAGAUGCAUUUGAAUGUAACUUAAAUAAGAACAAAAAGGUAAUCACUUUUAUUUUUUCCUUUUGGUAGUACGUAUUUAAAAAAACAAAACUAAGAGAAUUAUUGUAGUAUUAAUAUUAUCAAAGAGUAUAAGAUGGAGAAGUGGGUUGAAAAACAUAAUUUCAUCGAUUUCAAGAGCGAAGUUGCAACAAAAAAAUUGAAUCGAUUUCGCUUCCAUUUCGUUGUUCUAAAACAAUGCGAAGAAAUCAUUUUGUGUUGAUAACUUACGUCAUAUUUUAAAUUCAUUAAAUAAAAAAUACAUCAAAAUUACAUUUUCGUUACCAUAUGCUUACAAUUUCUACUCAACAAUGUACCAACACAUGAAACGUAAUUUGGAAAACAUAAUUUAAAAUUAUCACUAAUUUAUUUCAUCAGCUCUUGUACAACAUAGUCUUAAAUAUAUAUUUCACUGUCAGUUUGAAUAACGCAUGGGCUACCGCCGGCGUGAAAACUUUUUCAAUCCGAUUAUCGGUCUUUUGCGCAACAUUGCACUGGAAGAGUUCAAAUAAAAACAGGAAUGUUCAUGCUUCGUUCUUGUAAAGUGUUCAAUGUAAUCAUGUAGUUGUAAUCAACAUGUGUGAACAGAAUGUCAUAACAAUAAUAUACAGCGAUUCAGCAUUAGCGUUUUCAAUAAUGAACAUAUUAUUCAUUCGAGACUUAAAAGAUUUGGAGCUUGAUGUCUUUCUCUCUCUCUCUCUCACUCUCAGUCUACAUUGUGUGAUUGGUGUUAAGUCUUUUAAAGAAGAUCAGCUGAAGGUUAAAAAAGAACCUUUUGCUUGUCGGCCAAGAAUCUCAACUAACGAAGGCAAGCUGACUGUCAUUGCUACAAUGAUUCGAGUCAACCAAAGAAUCACUGGCAGAAAAAUCGCUAAGAGCUUACAAUAAGUCUUGGUAAUGAGGAAGCAUUAGUUAAAAAUUGAGUUAAAUUUAGCAAGAUGAGAGCGAAAUGGGUUCCGGUUUUUUAUGUCUGGAAACCAAGAAUAUCCUUUGCAGUCGCCCAACUUCUGAAGCAUUCUGAAAAGGAUUACUCUAUAGUAGACUCUAAACUUGUAUCUAUCCUUUUGAUGUGAUAAAACACGCUUAUAUUACUUCAUUCCAAAGUCAAAGCGAUCAAAAAUGCAAUGGCAAACAAAUUCAAAUCUAAGGAAUAGAUUAUUGACGCCGUGCAAGAAUAUGCCAACCUAACAGUCAAAAAACUUAUUCUUCUGGAAUUAAGAAACUUUCUUAGUGUUGGAUUAAAAACGUUUUCUUGCAGUGACAGCUGUUGCAGUACUAGUAUUGCAGUGACAGAUGGUUUGCUUGGAAAAAUAGUAAACAAGUUAUUUCAUUCUAUUUUAAAACAUAUUUUAUCUUAUAAAUUCUUGUUUAUAUUUGAAAGGUCAUUUGUAAAUUAUGAAGUUAUUUUAAAUGUGACUAAAAUGUAUUUUAAACUUUUAUGUUUUAUUAAUUUUAUUUUACAUUAAUUAACUGUUCUCUUAAUUAGUAAUUAAAUUCGCAUUACAAUCUUAAUUUUUAAUCUAUAAUAUUUUGGAUACUUUGCGUUCUCUGAGUAUUGUAAGCAGUUUAGUGUUUCACUUGACGAAACUAUAAAAAUCUUUUACCUGAACGAUCUAAAAUUACCCAUGCCUAAUAUUAGUUGUAAAUUUAACAUCAAACAUUUCAAGUUUUCUUACGUAGAUGAUAAGGAAAUUCGAAGCAAUUACUUUUUGCCCUAAAUUUUAGUCUUAAACAAAUAUCAGUUGAUUCCCGUGAAACACCUAUUUCUCUCUCAGUCUUAUCGUUACAUUACUCGGCUCUCUAUUGUUUCUUUUUAGUGAUACUUUACCCUGCUUUUACAUUUUUUUGUGAAAAGUCUCUUGUCAUAAUGUGUGCUGUUGAAAAUUUCACCGAUGUUGCAUUUUAAAGAGCAGAUUAAUAGUAUUAUGUGAACAAAAUCGAUUUAAGCGAAUUGUAAAUGGACUCAAUUAGGUUAUCUACUAGAGAACUUAUCUGUGUGUAUUUUUUGUGAAUUGUUGAAGAAAAGCAACUCCUGCUACAUAUGUAUAUUGAAAGUGUUGCCACUGCAAAGAGAAACUUUGCUUUGGUUUUGUAAAUAAUACAGUUAUUGUGUUUUAAAUUGAUAUAAGCUAUUAUCAUCCAAUUAAUGUACGUAAAUGUGUGGAUAAAUAAGCAAAUGUGCGAGAAAAGUGUUCAACGGCCUUCGCAGCGCUUUAUGUGUUCUCCAACUGUAGACAAAGAUGUUAUCUAUAAAUUAUAAGUUCGGAACAUA